AUGACCUCUAUGUUUUACAAAUUGACUAUAGUCAUACUUGGAUUGACUAUAGUUCCAGUAUCUUCACUUGAAAUCGAUGAUACUGAAAACAAAUUCCUUUCUAAUCCGCAAGGCAGUCUUUUAGAUACAGAGUCGCCUUAUUAUGAUCCCCAUUUUAAUCCAGAAGACGCAAAUUUAUUUUUCCCCAAUACUCCUUCAAUCGGUGUUCCUCUAGAGAAAGUGCACGAUUCUCCAGCAGCUGAGAAUUCAGAAAUGUCCAGAGUUCCUGCACGAAACGCUGAUAAUCAACUAAAAACAAAGGCACCAUUUAGAUCGCCAUUUACAACUAAUGAAGAUUCUGUCAUUAUUCAAUUUCUUCCUGAGCUUAGUGUUGACCGUUUUUUGACUGUAUACCCUUCUCUGAAAUAUAAAAUGCAAGGAAAUGUCUCAAUUGGUGCUUUUAAAGCAGUUUUUGGGAAUUUUGAUCGCCGAUUUGUCCGAUUACUUGCAUAUAGCAACUUGGUUUUGGAUAUAUCUCGAGAUGUCAAUGUGCGAAUUUCCAAUGUGCAAUCCGAUUCUCCACGACACUUGGCUCGUGUUUCGCGUAAUGAAAAGUUGCGGAUUAAUGGUCCACAUGAUUAUCUUUAUGAUCGUUCGGCAGGAAGCGGUGUAGAUGUUUAUGUUUUUGACACGGGCAUAUAUAAGGAACAUCCUAGUUUUGAAAAUCGCACACAGUUUGGAAUAGAUUUUACUGGGGAAGGUGCCGGAGAUCGUAACGGGCAUGGUACAUUUAUUGCUGGAGUAAUUGGAUCGAAUACUCAUGGUGUGGCCAAGAAGGCAAAUUUGAUCGAUAUCAAAGUGAUUGGGGCAAGUGGUAAAGGCAAGCUGUCGCACAUUUUGCUUGGAAUUGAUUAUGUGAUUCGGAGAAAGCAAGCUUCAAACCGACCAGCAGUAAUUAACAUGUCAUUUACAUCUGUCCGCAACAAUAUUUUUAACCGAGCAGUUCAGUCGCUGUUGUCUAUGGACAUUCCUGUCGUUACAGGUGCUGGUAACCAAGAUACGUCGGCAUGCCGCAUGUCGCCAGGAAGCGUACCUGGAGUACUUGUAGUCGGAGCCUUUGAUGAUCGAACAGAAACAGUUGCAACAUUUUCAAACUGGGGACAAUGUGUUGAUGGAUUUGCGCCAGGAGUUGAUGUAGACUCGUUGGAUAGCCGGGGCCCAGGAUUUGUGCAAUUUUCAGGGACAUCAGUGUCAUCGGCAAUUGGGACCGGAUUGGUUGCUUACUUUUUAGGCAUGGGAGACCAAGGCUGGGGAGCUGUUCAUACCAUACUUGCUCUAAGACUUCAUGGACAGCUUACUCCGCAGUCCUUUUUGUUUCGGCCGUCUACACCCAACUUGAUUCUUUACAAUGAUGCUGGUGAGCCGCUGUGGUGA